CAGAGUGAAUUCGUUCCGGAAAACUUAAUGCGAGGAUUGAUGCGGAUGUUUAAGCAACUUUUGUGGGAAAAUACAGAUCACGAAAGGCCCCACAGUCAAGGUGCAGACGACGCGCAAUUCGAUCGCAUCAUGAACAUUCUGGAUAACUGCACCGGAAAUAUUACGCAAAUGGACAGAUUCGUGUUUUACAAUUACACUGGGUCUUUUAAUUUCACUGGGAAGAACGAGACUGACAGCGACUGGCCGAAGCCUGAGCAAUGCCCAGAACCACUUAUUUAUGGAGUCUGGGGAAAGAACCACGAUGGAGAGUAUACCGUUUUACAUAAUGUCACCGGUGGCUUUCAAGGAUAUUUGAAAUUUAACUUGUCCUUGGUAGAUUUCGUGAUUGAGACAGCUUGGAAAACUGUUAUGAUUGCCCAUUAUCAAUGCUCAAAAUCGUUCAAUGACACAACUGCCUCAGACUUUGCCAGGUUUUUUCACCAAAUGGAAUUGUUCUUUAAUGACAAGAUUGUUAAACGCUGGUAUGAUCCAAUUAACGUUAACAAUACGCUAAGGAUUCUGGAACUAAUUUUUCCCACAUAUGAUCUCAAAAAAUUCGCCUUUGGAAUUGACAUUUGUCUCUUUGCGGCACAACAAUAUACAGAUUAUGGUUGGAAUUCGAAAUGGAUACAGCGUCCAAAAAUUCCAUUCACAGCGAACGAAUUGUCUCAAGACAUUUACUACAUACCAGGACUAGGGAGACCAAUUUCCACAAAUGACUACGCUCCCAAAAUCCAACGGAAGAAACGUGACGUUUCAAUGAUGAUGUUGGACGGGAAAGCGAAUUGUAUGAACAAGAAUUUAGAUCCGGUGCAAAAAUUUGCAUAUGUACCAAGACCUGGGUGCAUAUUAGAAAAAUCAUGAACGUAAAACGACGCACAAAGUGAUGUUAA